UCCUAUCCAAAAGUAGCUCGUCCAUCUAUAGGGCAGUGUCCAUCUACUAGGUAGCUUACCCUACCAGGAGCAAGUUUGGGUUGGAAACGGCUCGCAGUUCUCAUUUUUCGAUCCUAUGGAAUCACGAUCUCGGCGCCCUCUACGUUUGCUUCGAAGUGGGGGAGAGGCGGUUUGCAGUGUUUACGUUAUCUCCUGCAUGUUAACGUAAAUUGCGGAUUUUACUGGACAAUUGUUCAUGUCGAGGGUCAAUAAGAUGCAGGUAUCCGAGAGAAGACUGAAGAGAGAGCUCUCGAGGCUCAUGAUGAAGCCCCCCGAAGGAAUAUCCUGCUAUCAGAAGGAGAGCCGAAUGAAUCUGCUCAUUGCCACCGUCUCUGGGCCUCAUGGCAGCCCCUACGAGGGGGGAUUGUUCAAGCUGGAGGUCGAGGUCGACGACCAUUACCCCUUCCAGCCCCCGAAGAUGAAGUUUAUCACACCAGUGUACCACCCGAACAUCGACACCGGGGGGAGGAUCUGCAUGGAUCUGCUCAAGGUCCCCAAGGAUGGAUCUGGCGGCUGGAAUCCCACCAUCACUCUGGAGAGUCUCCUCGUCGCUGUUCAACUGCUCCUGGAGAACCCCAAUCCCGAUGAUCCCCUCAUGCCAGACAUCGCCAAUGAGUAUCGACUGAACAAACAGGUCUUCGAGAAGAAAGCCAGGAGAUUCACUGACAAUCAUGCCAAGAAUUGAGAGGUGUUUUUGCAUUUAGAGUCUGUGAGAGACUGAAGAGUUCUUGGACAGAUCGUUCGAGUAAUCGUGGGGGAAAAACUUUAGGAGGUUUUUUUUAGAAAUUAAGUUAUUAAAUUUUUCGACUAUUGAGUGAAGACUAUUCAGUCUUUGAGACACGAACGUUUGUGAAAAUUUGUUCAUUCGAAGCUACUCUUUAACGAGACAUUGACAUUAUUAUAACAAAAAGUUCAGUUUGAUGUAUUAUAACUCCGUUUUCUUAAGGUUAAAUUAUUUUGAAAGCUAAUGGCUUCAGGGAAAAGUCGAAGAAAAAUUGUCUUGUGAAAAAUUGACUCGGUUUCGUAAUUUAUAAUCACUUCAACACAGAUUAAAACAGUAAGCCUUGUAGUUUAAUAUUUUUGUAAUAAAAUGAAGUCAAUACACAGGUGUUUUGAUAAAUAA